GUCUAUCAGCCCAUGACGCCCGUGGAGCAGCUCCCCAGCACAGAAAUCCCCGCGCGGCCCCGUGAGUCCACCAACACCAUCCAGAUCUCCGUGUCGCUCACCGAACACUUCCUCAAGUUCGCGCCCAUCCUGCAGCCGCCGCUGCCCCCCGAGUCGCCCCAGUUCUGCACCAUCGCCGACCUCUUCAUUGACAACUACCGUGUCAAGUGCAUCAACGGCAAGAUGUGCUACGUGCAGCGGCAGCCGCCCGCCGGCAGCAGGGCCCAGGAGGCCGCACGCAAUGCCUUCAUCUCCAAGGAGAGCAAUACGCCAAAGCCGGAGCACUGCUCGUCCCCUUCCAGCUCCGAGGACUCCGGGAUCAACGCGCUGGGGGUUCACUACAUGGAGUCGUGUGACGAGGACACGGAGGGGGUGGCCGAGCUGAGCUCCGAGGAAGAUUACAGCCCGGACAGCAGCUGGGAGCCGGACGAGUGCCAGCUCCAGUGCGAGAUGGAGGUCAUCGAGACUAUAGAGACCACUGUGUGA